AUGAUCAACGCAAAAUGUGACUGGGGAUCUUCAGGUAUUCUUUUUUUUUGAAAAUGCUUUGUUCAAACUUACAAUCAUAUUCAGAUCCUAUGGAUCCUUUCAUAAGCUCAAACAUAUCAUGUUGCGAUAUCUCUCUGGGCAACUCCGCCAGGAAUAUUUUACCAAAAGGCUCGACAGACUUGAACUUGGGAGAUUUGGCCAGAGUUUGUUUUUUUCAGACCAGUUGAGAGAAUUUCAAAAAAGAAUAUGGAAGUUUAAUUGUGCCCUACUAUUGAAUUUUUCUAUUAAAUUUCCUUUUUCAACUUCCAAGGCAUUUAUUUUGUAGCUCUCCUUAACAAAUAUUUCCAGAGAGUUCAAAAAAGGUUACAACAGCGGCUGGGAAAGUCUUUCGAAGUGAUCGCUUCUACGAAAAAUUUCGCGAUAGCCUCGCACUAUCAUGGGUCAUCUUCGUGCAAACUAGAGACUUCUCACGGCGUCUUUCUGAUCUACGCCACUCCGCAACAGGUUCGCCGAUACAUUUCCACUUUCUUUUGUCUUCCCUUUCCGGUUCUCUUUGUCCGAGAGGCGAAAGAUCGAAUAUUUUUGGGAUGGAAACUGACUUGAUCAGUAUCAAAGAUCUCUAUACAGAUUUUUCUAAUUAGUUUCUACUUUAUAGUAUGACGUUACCGACCUUGCGAACGAAAAUUGGUUUGCCAGUGUGGACUCGGAUGAACCACUCGGUGGUGUUAAAGUUAGAAGAGUUCGUGGUGCUUUUCCAGAUAUUCGGUCUGACCCGACCGCUGGAGGUUUGAUUUAAUUCGCUUUUGAACCAUGAAGUGUGAUUAUUGUUUCAGAAGACAAAUCAAUCCAGCCUCCAACCUACGAGAUCGACAAGUUUCCAAAUUUGUUUGCGGAGGAUGAUCCAGGUUUGAUUGGCUUUUUUUUCACAUAUCUAUCUGAGAAGAUGUGAAUGUUUAGAUGAUGAGGUUAGCACCAGCGCUUUUGUUAGCGCCAAAAAGCUGGAUGAUGAAGAAGCUGGCAUGAGAAACGAAACAGAAGCCAUGCUCGCAGCAAUGGGCGACGAAGACGCAGCCGCCGCUUCAGCCAAUGUUACUGAUCUCCGCUAUCAAAUUGACGUCGGACCUCAUCCUCGCAUCAGAAACUUGCGAAACCACAGAAAGGUAGAAGCUCUACCUCCUGGAACGGACUGCGGAGGAAAGGCUGGAGGUGGGAUUCUUUUCUUCGUUUCAAAUCCAAUAUAUAAUACGUCCAUGAUUUUUUUGAAUUUUUUUAUAAAUUUAGGUAACGUUUGCUGUGACGGUCAACUAGCAGCAACAAUGAGAGAUGCCUACAACAAACUCGCUCAAUCUCCACUAUUCGAUGAAGAUGCAGCUGACAUUCUUGCAAGGGUCAGUAGAACACUUUGAGCAUUUCAAAAUAUUUUUCAGGCUAUUCAAAGAAGAGUCCAACUUCGCUAUGGAAAAUCUUUCGAAGUUAUCGCUUCCAAAGGAAAUUUCGAGUACAAAUCGCAUCAAGUGGGAGAUCGUAUCUGCAAGUUCAAACUGAAAAAAUUCACGAUAUUUGCAUACGCUACGCCCAUUCAAGUGAGUUAAUUUCUGACAUUCGGAAGGAAAUGUUGCUAUUUACAGUACGAUAUUGAAGACGAAACUAAGGAGCAAGAAUUGGCUGACGUUUCGAUAAAUGAGCCACUUGGUCGCAAUGAUUCCCAUCUUGAGGGAGAGGCGCCGGACACUGUCCCUCUGAAACUGAACGGAGAAGAUACUGAAGAGUCGAAGGCUGGAUUGCCGAUGGGUUCUCAUUGCUCUCCUGUCAGAACAGGCAUGUGUUCCUGUAGAAAUUAAUGAAAUGAACGGAAAUGGUUUUUAAUUAUUACUUUUAAAAAAGAGAAAAAGGGUUUCGGAUAACUACUUUCUGAUUAAGAAUGUAAAACGGUAGUCAAUUUUUUUUUCCAACUAUCGAUGAAAGUAGAUUUCAACAAUCAAAAAACUUAUCUCGAAUAACCAACUCAGAGGCAUUUGGGUCAGCUUCAAGAUCGUUAAAAAAACUGGAUUUUCUAAAUAUUUCGUUCAAAGUCCACUGUAAUCUGUUUAAAAUAGAAUCUUUUUUCGUUUUAUGAUCCUUUGAUAACAAAAAACAUGAUUUUCUUUCACAGACGCAGCUGUCAAAAUCUCGUUUUUUCCCCAAUAAAACAUGCUAGACUUCAGGUUCGCGAUGUUGCAGCGUCGAAGUUUUUAAUGCGAUGCAAGAGGCUUACGAAAAGGCGAGAAAAGACCCCGAUUUCAACCCUUAUAAUUUGCGCGCUUUGUCCAAGGUGCGUUAGGAAUAUUUAAUGAGAAAAAAAUUGCCGUUCAGAAAAUUCAAUGGGGGGUCGAAGAUGUGUUGGGCCAUUCGACAGAAGUGAUCGUUUCCUCACGCGAUUUCGUCCAUUCUUCAACUUUCGGUGGCGAUAAUGUUUGCAAGUACCGAAUCGAUGAAUAUCAAGUUUUGGCCUACCAAUCGCCAGUUAAGGUUUGUUUUUCACCAUGCAAUCCUCCACGUUCUAUUUUAUAGUAUCCCAUUCAUUCUACUGACUAUGACGUCGAUUUGGGUGAAGCCAAAGAUUUCCCAUGUCCAGGAAACCCUGGAGUUUUGAAAGGUUCCUUUUUUCGAAAUUUUCGAAUCUAAGAAGAUAUUUAGGAGAUACUUGUUGUGAUGGAGGAGUGGCCUAUGAAAUUGAGAAAACGAUACAUACUAUGAACAAAACCAGGUUCAACAGUGGAGGAAACCAACGUUUCGCUCAGGUCAGUGAAUGAAAUCGUAGCUUUUUCUAAACAUUUUUCUCAUUAAUAGUUGUAAUUUUUUCUUUUCAGCUUCUGAUGGAGAACCAACAACGUCGUUUCGGAACAGUUUUCGACGUCGUAAUAGCGCCCAGCAAUUUCGUUCUGUCCACAGCUCGAUACAAUCAACGAGCAUGCAAAAUGGACGUUCGAGGCUAUUCAGUGCUGUCUUAUCAAACAAGUCCUUUGGUAAGCCGUCAGAUUGAAUGAAAUCAAAAUUCUCUCUCAUUUUCAGUUGCCUCCUCUGAGCGAUUUUCAACUGACCGUGAGUUGAUCUUUUAAUUUUUUUUUUUCAAAAAACGAGACAAAAAGGAUAAAUUUGACCGGUUGAGAUCCUCCGAGUCUUUUCAAACCCAUCUUCCAAAAAAUUGUGUUAAUUCCUCAGUGCAAUUUAAAACAACUUUACCGCACAGAUUCAUGUCAUUUUAAAAAAAAAUGAAAAUUUCAAGACUUUCGACCCAACGCCUUUCCUGCAACAACCUCCGGUGCCAAGUCAAAUUGCUCAACCACCUGUACAAUCCUUCAACGCUCCUUUCCAACAGCCUCUCGUCCAACAAGCUCAGAUCAUCCAGCAGCCUCAAAUCAUUCAACAACAAGUCGUCCAACAGCAGAUCUUCCAACAGCCUCAGCAAUUCCAACAACAAAUUAUCCAACAGCCUCAACAGUUCCAACAGCAAAUUAUUCAACAGCCCCAACAGUUCCAGCAGCAAGUAGUUCAGCAACAAUUCUUCCAACAACAGGCCGUUCAAGCGCAAGCUCAACCUGCAGGAGCAGAACAGUCGGCUGUUGUGGCGCCGCGUCCAAUUGCUGGUGGUCGAGCCGCGGAUCCUCCGAACACAGGAACAGGUAAGACAGAAGGAGGUAUCCAAGUCUUUAUCAACUUGCUUUCGAGGUCUCGGAGGCGGCGGUGGCGGAGGAGGAGCCUGUUUCUCAACUGACACAUGGCUUACCACUCCGCAUGGAAAAAAGAGGAUGGACCAAGUUUCUGUUGGGGAUUAUGUAUUGACCGCCAAUCACACAGCGGUUAGUUCAGUUCAAAGGUUCAAAGUUUAGAUCGUUUUUUUUUUCAAACCUUUCCCGACAAUAACUCAUUCUUUUCAUCAUUUUAAUCUCAUUGAUCUCUGAAAAAAUUGAGAUUAUGUCUAAAUAAGAGAAAAAAUUUUGCAUAAUAAAAACCAAAGUUUAUGAACCCUUGAUUCUAUGUUUCAGAAAAUUCCGAUACAUAGUACACUAUUUUUUUUUUCCUGAGACGAGAGUUUUUCAAGAAGUAUAAACGAAUAUAAUUUUUCGAAAUUUUGUUCAUUUUCUUUGUGAAUAGAGAAUUUCAGACUUUCUACACCCCGAUUACCAUGUGGAUUCAUAGAGAGCCAGACACUCGUCACAACUUUGUCACGAUCAUGACAGACUACGGAAAAAUGCUUGCAUUGACUGCCAAACAUUUGAUGUUCCGCAAUAAAUGCAAUGGUAUAAUAAUGAUAUUUAAAAAAAAAACCAUUUUUAAUCUAUUCUCAGAUGAUUAUGACGAACGGGUAAAAACGCUCCCCCGAAACAGGCAAGCUGUCUUCGCCGAGGAGCUGAAAGUUGGAGAUUGCGUCGUCUUGCUUUAUAAGGUUUACCUAACUUUUUUUGAUCCUGUGAAUAAAAAAUUUCAGGGAAAGUUCCGCCAGCAAAGAAUCCAACAGAUCCAAAUAACAAACCGUAAAGGAAUUUUUGCUCCAUUGACAGCGAACGGCCGAAUAAUUGUGAAUGAUAUGGUGGCUUCUUGUUACAGUGAUGUGAAGCAAAUAACUCUUCAAAAUUCCUACUUUGCGGUUGGUUUUUUUUUCUGUAGCGCUUUAAACGUUCUUUUUUCAGCUCAUCGAAAGCAUUCAAAAUAAGUUGAAGUUCCUUUUAGGUGAAUUCCUGCAUAAUCAGGUGAGAAUUAUAGCUUCAAAUCCUGAAAGCUUUUUUUUUUCAUUUUUUCAGUCAAGCAUACCUUACGGCGCGUCGAUGUCUUUCGAUCUCUUGCGAUUGGUAUUGCCAACUUCCUUUUAAGUAAUAUUUAUUUUCUAAUAUUUCUUAUGUAUAUUUAUUUACUUCGAUGACACCAGAGAAACAAAUAUAUGGGUAUAUUUUCAAAAAUUGUCUAAUAAAGCAUUGAAAAUGAUAGUUAUCAUAACAAACGCAAUGUAUUGAACUCAACAGUAUCGCUAUCCAAAUAAAGUUUUUCAGACCGUGGAACAAAUUUUCUGGAUUUCAAUCAAAUUUAAAGACAAUGCCAUGCAAGAAUAUAACUCAAAAGUUAAAAAAAAACUAAUUGUUUUCAAAGGAUCAAAAUGGUCUGAGGAAAAGCUGUUUUUCUUUAUAAUUUUGUUUGGGAAACAGAAUGGAACCUCUAAAAACCAUGAAUUAACUCCGCCAUGGAUUUUUCAAAAAGCAGAAUCUUCCCAGUUUUUUUCAGACUUCGAAGAGAUGUGAGUAAAACGCGAAAAAGGAUCGAAAAAUCAAAUAAGGGAGCGAUUUCCAGCCGUGGUGUUUUGUGUGCAGGCGCGCAGGUUUUCUUCCCGCGUGCUGUCAAAAACGAACGCACAUGUCUUGAUUUGGAGGUGGCGGGCAGAUCGGUGCACCUGGCGGUGGAGCGGAAACCGUCUGACGGCUAUAAAAGAGCUCACGGCUCACUUAUUUCCUGCCAAUCGUCGCUUGUUCAACAUGCUUUUUGUCUUGAUUGUUUGUUUUCCAAUUGGUAAGUUACUUUAUUGAAUUUUCAGAAAUAGUAAUUGGAAUCCGAACUUCGGAAUUUUAUCAAACUUGAUUUACCCUGAUUUACUUUGAAUUUAUCGAACUUGCUGGAGCAACAUAUUUUUGCUCAAAACUUCUUCUUGGAACAAUAACAACACACUAUGUGGAAAAAUAGUAACUCUCUAAAUUUUUUUAGAAAAAAAACGUCAGAGGGCGAUCAUGAAAAUGGAAGAGAUUUUUUUUUUUGAGAUUCCAAAUAAUCAGGAGUGGAGGAUUGUGAUUGAUUCUAAAAAUGAAAUGCUUUAGUGAAAAGUCCUAAAUCAAGUUAAAGGUUUCUUUUAUUUUCAGGUAGAAACCAUUAGGCUGUAAAACCUGAACCAAGGAUUGCUUAAAAUAGUAAAAUGGCCUGUGAAGAUAUCUGGAAAAAACCCUUUCAACCCUUUUUGAGUUUCAGUCGUUUCUUACACUACUCAGCCGCCUUGUUGCCGAGAUCAUUUAGGCGGUCCUGCCUGUCAACGCAUGCAAAAACAAAACACCCGACAGUUUUCCCGUCGCUGCAACACCGACGCAGAGUUCAGGUUAAUUACUCCGAAAGAAAUUCUUCCAACAGAUGUUUAAGAUUAGUUCAAUGUUGUUCGACUUGCAACGCAAACGGAACUUCUAUGGCCUACGAUCUUGUAGCCAGAUCUCUGGUCUCGGAACACUGCUUUGAUCGUUACGGAUCUCAAUUUUGCGGAAGGUUUGCAGCGAGAAAAAAAAAACUAUUCAAUGUUUCCCAUUUUUCAGAUAUGUGAACGCGACUGAUGUCUUCGAGCCACACAGUACUUGGUCUUGUGACGGGGAAAAUCCUCAAAUCGCGUUCCGAGCCUGUCGACUUUCGUGUGGCUAUUGCGACUUCUCCAGAGUCAGCUACACGUUGGAGAAUGCUCAGAAAGUUCUUCUGUUUUCUAUGACUUAUAAAAAACCGAUGAACUUUGUAGGCUUGCCGCAUUGCGACCACGGGGUGGAGAGAUCGGCUACUUCAAAUCAAAUACGGAAAGAAGGACAAUUGGUUAUUGGACGGCGACCAACAGUGA